AUGGUGAGGGGCAGACACAGGCUGCAUUGCAUGCUGGGGGAUGAAGAGCCUGUUGGCAUGGGGGAGCCUGUUGGCAUGGGGGAGCCUGUUGGCAUGGGGGAGCCUGUUGGCAUGGGGGAGCCUGUUGGCAUGGGGGAGCCUGUUGGCAUGGGGGAGCCUGUUGGCAUGGGGGAGCCUGUUGGCAUGGGGGAGCCUGUUGGCAUGGGGGAGCCUGUUGGCAUGGGGGAGCCUGUUGGCAUGGGGGAGCCUGUUGGCAUGGGGGAGCCUGUUGGCAUGGGGGAGCCUGUUGGCAUGGGGGAGCCUGUUGGCAUGGGGGAGCCUGUUGGCAUGGGGGAGCCUGUUGGCAUGGGGGAGCCUGUUGGCAUGGGGGAGCCUGUUGGCAUGGGGGAGCCUGUUGGCAUGGGGGAGCCUGUUGGCAUGGGGGAGCCUGUUGGCAUGGGGGAGCCUGUUGGCAUGGGGGAGCCUGUUGGCAUGGGGGAGCCUGUUGGCAUGGGGGAGCCUGUUGGCAUGGGGGAGCCUGUUGGCAUGGGGGAGCCUGUGGCAUUGGGGAGCCGUAAAUGA